UUCUGCAGCAGGCUCACUUGGCAGCAUUUUAGAUUAGCUGAAGCAUCUUCGAUAAAUUGGCUGUCUUCAGCUGUCAGUUUAUUAGCAGCUUAGCAGCUUGUCAAGAUGGGUGGCUGUUGGUCAUGUGUGGCCUGCAGGUCUCACCCAGAGGCAGAACCAAAGGAUGAAGAUGAAGAAGGGGCACUGACAGGUCAUCCCAGAAACCCAACCCAUGUUGCACCAUUUUCUGGGGGACUCCCCAAUGUUUUGGGGGACACUCUGGGAAAAGAGCUCAUUGAGGAACCCUCCAUGCCAGAACCCCUUCCAGCACCUCGCAUCACCAAUGACAUCCUGGGGGAAGAGCUCACUGAGGAACCCUCCAUGCCAGAACCCCUUCCAGCACCUCGCAUCACCAAUGAUAUCAUGGGGGAAGCGCUCAAUGAGGAAGCCUCCAUGACAGAACAUCUUCCAACACCUCGCAUGACCAAUGACAAACUGGGGGAAGAGCUCACUGAGGAACCCUCCAUGCCAGAACCUCUUCCAGCACCUCGUAUCACCAACAACAUCCUGGGGGAAGAGCUCACUGAGGAACCUUCCAUGCCAGAACCUCUUCCAGCACCUUGUAUCACCAACGACAUCCUGGGGGAAGAGCUCACUGAGGAACCCUCUGUGACAGAACCCCUUCCAGCACCUCGCAUGACCAAUGAUAUCCUGGGGGAAGCGCUCAUUGAGGAACCCUCCAUGCCAGAACAUCUUCCAGCACCUCGUAUCACCAACAACAUCCUGGGGGAAGAGCUCACUGAGGAACCCUCAGUGACAAAACGCCUUCCAGCAACUCACAUCACCAAUGACAUAAUGGGGGAAGAGCUCACUGAGGAACCCUCCAUGCCAGAACCUCUUCCAGCACCUUGCAUCACCAAUGACAUCAUGGGGGAAGAGCUCACUGAGGAACCCUCCGUGACAGAACCCCUUCCAGCACCUCGCAUCACCAAUGACAUUAUGGGGGAAGCGCUCAUUGAGGAACCCUCAGUGCCAGAAGCCCCUUCCAGCACCUCACAUCACCAAUGACAUCCAGGGGGAAAAGCUCACUGAGGUACCCUCCAUGCCAGAACCCCUUCCAGCAACUCACAUCACCAAUGACAUCCUGGGGGAAGAGCUCACUGAGGAACCCUCCAUGCCAAAACCUCUUCCAGCAUCUCACAUCACC